AUGGCGCCCGUGCACGGCGACGACUCUGUGUCAGAUUCAGGGAGUUUUGUAGCUUCUCGAGCCCGGCGAGAGAAAAAAUCAAAGAAAGGGCGCCAAGAAGCUCUAGAAAGACUAAAAAAGGCUAAAGCUGGUGAGAAGUAUAAAUAUGAAGUUGAGGACUUCACAAGUGUUUAUGAAGAAGUUGAUGAAGAACAGUAUUCAAAGCUGGUUCAGGCACGCCAAGAUGAUGACUGGAUCGUGGAUGAUGAUGGUAUUGGUUAUGUGGAAGAUGGCCGAGAGAUUUUUGAUGAUGACCUUGAAGACGAUGCCCUUGAUGUCAGUGAGAAAGGAAAAGAUGGUAAACCACGAAACAAAGACAAGAGGAAUGUAAAGAAGCCUGUAGUGACAAAACCAAACAAUAUUAAGUCAAUGUUCAUUGCUUGUGCUGGAAAGAAAACUGCAGAUAAAGCUGUAGACUUGUCCAAGGAUGAUCUGUUAGGUGACAUUCUACAGGAUCUGAACACUGAGACACCUCAAAUAACUCCACCACCUGUAAUGAUACUGAAGAAGAAAAGGUCUAUUGGAGCUUCACUGAAUCCUUUCUCUGUGCAUACCCCCAAGGCAUUUCCUUCAGGAAAAACUGCUUCGUCUAUCUCCAGAAAGGAGCCCCUAUUAACUCCUGUUGCUCUUAAAUAUGCUGAAUUUUCUGGAGAGCUGGUGCAGGCGAAGCAUGCAGAAGACGAGCAGGAGUCAGGGGCAAUGGAGUUUGAAGAUGGUGACUUUGAUGAGCCCAUGGAAGCUGAGGAGGUGGAUGUGGAGCCAGUUGCUGCCAAAACUUUGGACCAAGAGAGUGAGCCAGCAGAGGGGGUGAAACACAAGGCAGAUCCUGGGAAAGGGACCACAUCCUACUUAGGAAAUUUUCUCCCAGAUGUCUCUUGGGACAUUGAUCAGGAAGAUGACAGCAGUUUCUCGGCUCAGGAAGUUCAAGUGGAUUCCAGUUACCUUCCAUUGGUAAAAGGGGCAGAUGAGGAACAAGUAUUCCAGUUUUAUUGGCUGGAUGCUUAUGAAGAUCAGUAUAACCAACCAGGUGUGGUAUUUCUCUUUGGCAAAGUUUGGAUCGAAUCAGCCAAAACCCACGUGAGCUGUUGUGUCAUGGUGAAAAACAUCGAACGAACACUCUACCUCCUUCCCCGUGAAAUGAAAAUUGAUCUAAAUACAGGGAAAGAAACGGGAACUUCAGUUGCAAUAAAGGAUGUUUAUGAUGAAUUUGAUGAGAAAAUAGCAACAAAAUAUAAAAUUAUGAAGUUCAAGUCCAAGAUAGUGGAAAAGAACUAUGCUUUUGAGAUACCUGAUGUUCCAGAAAAAUCCGAGUACUUGGAAGUUAAAUACUCGGCUGAAAUGCCACAGCUUCCUCAAGAUUUGAAAGGAGAAACUUUUUCUCAUGUAUUUGGGACCAACACAUCUAGCUUGGAAUUGUUCUUGAUGAACAGAAAGAUCAAAGGACCUUGUUGGCUUGAAGUAAAAAAUCCACAGCUCUUGAAUCAGCCAAUCAGUUGGUGUAAAGUUGAAGCAAUGGCUUUGAAACCAGACCUGGUGAAUGUAAUUAAGGAUGUCAGUCCUCCUCCACUUGUGGUGAUGUCUUUCAGCAUGAAGACAAUGCAGAAUGCAAAGGAUCAUCAAAAUGUGCUUUGCUGUGAAAGUUGUGGUUUUUUUGGAGUUGUAUCUAAACCAAUGGACUGUAUUUUUCCAUAUGCUUUCAAAGAAGUCAUUGAGAAAAAGAAUGUGAAGAUUGAGGUUGCUGCAACAGAAAGAACACUGCUAGGUUUUUUCCUUGCAAAAGUUCACAAACUUGAUCCUGAUAUCAUUGUGGGUCAUAAUAUUUAUGGGUUUGAACUGGAAGUACUACUGCAGAGAAUUAAUGUGUGCAAAGUUCCUCACUGGUCUAAGAUAGGUCGACUGAAGCGAGCCAACAUGCCAAAGCUUGGGGGCCGGAGUGGAUUUGGUGAAAGAAAUGCUACCUGUGGCCGAAUGAUCUGUGAUGUGGAAAUCUCAGCAAAGGAAUUGAUUCGUUGUAAAAGCUACCAUUUGUCUGAACUUGUUCAACAGAUUCUGAAAACUGAAAGGGUUGUAAUCGCAAUGGAAAAUGUACGAAAUAUGUACAGUGAAUCUUCUCAUCUGUUGUACCUGUUGGAACACACCUGGAAAGAUGCCAGGUUCAUUUUGCAGAUCAUGUGUGAGCUAAAUGUUCUUCCAUUAGCAUUGCAGAUCACUAACAUCGCUGGGAACAUUAUGUCCAGGACGUUGAUGGGUGGACGAUCUGAACGUAACGAGUUCUUGUUGCUUCAUGCAUUUUAUGAAAACAACUAUAUUGUGCCUGACAAGCAGAUUUUCAGAAAGUCUCAGCAAAAACUGGGAGAUGAAGAUGAAGAAAUUGAUGGAGAUACCAGUAAAUACAAGAAAGGCCGUAAGAAAGCAGCUUAUGCUGGAGGCUUGGUUUUGGAUCCCAAAGUUGGUUUUUAUGAUAAGUUCAUUUUGCUUCUGGACUUCAACAGUUUAUAUCCUUCCAUCAUACAGGAAUUUAACAUUUGUUUUACGACAGUGCAAAGAGUUGCUUCAGAGGCACAGAAAGUUACAGAGGAUGGAGAGCAAGAACAGAUCCCUGAGUUGCCAGAUCCAAACUUAGAAAUGGGCAUUUUGCCCAGAGAGAUCCGGAAACUGGUAGAGCGGAGAAAACAAGUCAAACAGCUAAUGAAACAGCAAGAGUUAAAUCCAGACCUUGUUCUUCAGUAUGACAUUCGACAGAAGGCUCUGAAGCUCACAGCGAACAGUAUGUACGGUUGCCUGGGAUUUUCCUUCAGCAGAUUUUACGCCAAACCACUGGCUGCCUUGGUGACAUACAAAGGAAGGGAGAUUCUGAUGCAUACGAAAGAGAUGGUACAGAAGAUGAAUCUUGAAGUUAUUUAUGGAGAUACAGAUUCAAUUAUGAUAAACACCAAUAGCACCAAUCUGGAAGAAGUAUUUAAGUUGGGAAACAAGGUAAAAAGUGAAGUGAAUAAGUUGUACAAACUGCUAGAGAUAGACAUUGAUGGUGUUUUCAAGUCUCUGCUACUGCUGAAGAAAAAGAAAUAUGCUGCUCUGGUUGUCGAGCCAACUUCGGAUGGGAAUUAUUUCACCAAACAGGAGCUGAAAGGAUUAGAUAUAGUCAGAAGAGAUUGGUGCGAUCUUGCUAAAGACACUGGAAACUUCGUCAUUGGCCAGAUUCUUUCUGAUCAAAACCGGGACACUAUAGUAGAAAACAUUCAGAAGAGAUUAAUGGAAAUUGGAGAAAAUGUGCUAAAUGGCAGUGUCCCAGUGAGCCAAUUUGAAAUUAACAAGGCAUUGACAAAGGAUCCCCAAGAUUACCCUGAUAAAAAAAGCCUACCUCAUGUACAUGUUGCCCUUUGGAUAAAUUCUCAAGGAGGCAGAAAGGUGAAAGCUGGAGAUACUGUGUCAUAUGUCAUCUGUCAGGAUGGGUCAAACCUCACUGCAAGUCAGAGGGCCUAUGCACCUGAGCAGCUGCAGAAACAGGACAGUUUAAUCAUUGACACCCAGUACUACCUGGCCCAGCAGAUCCACCCAGUCGUGGCUCGGAUCUGUGAGCCGAUAGAAGGAAUUGAUUCUGUCCUUAUUGCAACGUGGUUAGGACUGGACCCUGCCCAAUUUAGAGUUCAUCAUUAUCAUAAAGAUGAAGAGAAUGAUGCUCCACUUGGUGGCCCAGCACAGCUCACUGAUGAAGAGAAAUACAGGGACUGUGAAAGAUUCAAAUGUCCAUGUCCUACAUGUGGAACUGAGAAUAUUUAUGAUAAUGUCUUUGAUGGUUUGGGGACUGACAUGGAACCCAGCUUGUAUCGUUGCAGUAACAUCAAUUGUAAUGCUUCACCUCUGACCUUUAUAGUACAACUGAGCAACAAAUUGAUCAUGGACAUUAGACGUUUCAUUAAAAAGUACUAUGAUGGCUGGUUGAUAUGCGAGGAGCCAACCUGUCGCAAUCGAACUCGGCACCUUCCCCUUUACUUCUCCCGAAAUGGGCCUCUUUGCCCAGCUUGCAUGAAAGCUACACUUAGACCAGAGUAUUCUGACAAGUCCCUGUACACCCAGCUGUGCUUUUACCGGUACAUUUUUGAUGUGGACUGUGCACUGGAGAAACUUAUUACCGAUCAUGAGAAAGAUAAAGUGAAGAAGCAAUUUCUUACCCCCAAAGUUCUUCAGGACUAUAGAAAACUCAAGAACACAGCAGAGCAGUUCUUGUCCCAAAGUGGCUACUCCGAAGUGAACCUCAGCAAACUCUUCGCUGGUUGUGCUGUGAAGUCCUAAGGGAAUCCCAGGAGCGAACAAGGAGGGGGUGGUUGAAAAAUCCCAGCUUCCUCUGCACCUCCACUCUGGUCCUAAUUGCUUCUCCAGCCUCUGCUUUUCCCUUUGGGACCCGGAGGGGUGAUUGUAAAAAUAUUUAAUCUACGAAGCAUCAGAGAAAACCCCAACAGCCUUCAUAGUAAGAUACACCUGCUUUGAAACACAACCCCAGAGCUCUUCCUCAAGCACCUGAAGACCUUGAAUACUGGGGACUGGGUUUCUGGGGGAGGGAAAUUGCUACUUUGAUUGAGAGUAGCUGGAAUGUAAGUGACCCCAGGCUUUGCCCCAGGGCCUUUAGCUAGGUGCCCCCAGAAAGAGAGCCUGGCUGAAGCCUAACAUUUUGCCUUUUCACACGCCAAUUAAACCCAGUCGAAAUCUAAAUGCUUCCCCAGCCUCUUGCUCCAGGAGUGGCUGUCCUUUUCAGUCUUGUCUUUUAUAUAAGUAGCUGAGAGGGGAGAUUUAGAAGCCUUGCACUCACUAAAUAGAUUAAACAGAGCGAGCUUGUUUAUUGAAUUGCUCCAAAGUCCAACAGACACAUACUGAGCAGGUGUUUUAUACUCACAUUCCCUUUUUUUUCCCUUAAAUAGAAA